UCUGCUCAAUUGUUUUUGAGCUUUUGUUUCUAUUGAAUUACGUAGUCUGUGCUCUGUUGUCGCUCCAGUACUCACAGAAUCAACCUUUUUUUUACGGUGAAAUGCCGCCAAAAGACUCUCGUGCGAAGAAGUCGUUUAAAGUAGUUAGCUUUAAAGGUGGCAAAGUCUCCAAAAAAGGCAAUCGCACUCUUCAUGCGCGCUAUUCUUCUCUUCAUGGCACAAGUGUCACGCAACAUGCUCGACCCAGGACCUUAUACAUAACGCAAGCCACGUUGACUGACACACGGCACGUUUACACUUUUAAUUUAUCCAAAAUGGUGACAAAGUCUGUUGUAAAAACCUCUCCGUUUGAGGGCCAAAAACCUGGCACAUCUGGACUGCGAAAGCCGGUAUCAGUAUUUCAGGGAAAGCACUACACAGAGAACUUUGUGCAAGCCAUUUUAGAAGCGAUUCCGGCUGAUCAACGAAGAGGUUGUUCCCUUGUCGUUGGUGGAGAUGGACGUUUCUUCAUGUGUGAGGCGAUACAAGUAAUCGCGAGGAUGGCAGCWGCAAACGAGGUUGGGGAGUUAAUAAUUGGGAAAGAUGGCAUUUUCUCCACUCCAGCUAUUUCAUGCUUAAUCAGGAAAAACAAAACACAAGGAGGUAUUAUACUGACGGCAAGUCACAACCCUGGUGGKGUAAAUGGUGAUUUUGGUAUCAAAUACAACAUCAGCAAUGGAGGUCCCGCACCAGAAGCAGUUACCAACACAAUAUAUGAACUCACUAACACACUAACAGAGUACAAGAUUUGCCAUGAUAUAACAGUAGACCUAACCACCAUUGGUUCACAAACAUGGGAUGUUGAGGGUCAGAAAUUCACAGUAACAAUCAAAGACUCUGUACAAGAUUAUGUCAGUCUGAUGAAAGAAAUCUUUGAUUUUCCUCUUUUGAAGUCAUUUUUGUCUGAAUCUGGGAUGAAGCUACUUGUGAAUGCAAUGAAUGGAGUUACUGGUCCAUAUGUCAAAGCCAUUCUUUGUGGAGAACUAGGAGCACCAGAAUCGUUCAUUGUCAAGUGCGUUCCAUUAGAAGACUUUGGAGGACUUCAUCCAGACCCCAACUUGACGUACGCUGCUGACCUCCUAAUAGAAAUGAAGCAAGGUGAACAUGGUCUUGGUGCGGCAUUUGAUGGGGAUGGGGAUCGUAACAUGAUUAUUGGACAAAAUGGAUUCUUUGUMACACCAUCUGACUCAGUAGCAGUYAUAGCAGAUAACAUAGAUUGUAUACCGUACUUUGUGAAGACGGGAACGRGAGGGUUUGCUCGUAGUAUGCCAACUAGUGCAGCGUUAGACAGAGUUGCCAAGGCAAAGGGCGCGGAGUGCUUUGAAGUUCCUACUGGCUGGAAGUUCUUUGGCAACUUGAUGGAUUCUAAUCGCCUGUCAUUGUGUGGUGAGGAGAGUUUUGGCACUGGCUCUGAUCAUAUCAGGGAGAAAGAUGGAGUCUGGGCAUUUUUAGCGUGGCUGUCUAUCUUGGCGAAGAGGAACAUGUCUGUUGCCGAAGUAUUGAAGGACUUUUGGUCAAAGUACGGCAGAAAUUUCUUUACUCGGUAUGAUUAUGAAAACGUUGAGGURGCACCCUCAUCAAAAAUGAUGGAAGAUCUGCGAGCACAGGCAGCCAAGGGAACUCUAKUGGGAGAAUCGUUCACUGAAGGGGUAGGGGAACAGAAGAAAACWUACACUGUCGAAACGAUGGACGAUUUCUCCUAUACGGAUCCAAUCGAUAAAAGUCUGACCACAAAACAGGGUGUCCGUAUCAUAUUCAGCGAUGGUUCUCGUGUGAUAUAUCGAUUAAGUGGCACUGGUAGUGUUGGUGCAACAGUACGAGUAUACAUAGAAAGCUAUGAAUCUGAUACUUCUAAAUACAACUUGGACGCACAGGUCGUGCUGCAGCCACUAGUGAAGAUUGCCCUUAAAAUAUCCGACCUUCAAAGGGUCACGGGAAGAGAUAAACCAACAGUUAUAACCUAAUUUAGCUAUGACGUCACAGGAUAAAAUGACAUCAUGCAACGAUCAUGACGUCACAGUACUACAAAAAGCCAUAUAAAUUGACGUCAUAGUAUACUUCUCGUUACAUGAUAUCGCUUUCAGCUCAUCCAUUAGUAUUCAACCAGAUUAUCGAAAAUGGGCUAAUGGAAUGUCAAUCAACGAGUUARAAUGGUGAUUUAAUACUUUUUAUUGUAAAUUACGAUUGUCAUUCCUAUUAGAUAAUGAUUAAACGGUGCCUGAUGAUAAUCUUCUAAUACRCAUGCUCAUGAGUUUUAAUUUU